CCUGCGGUCGCGUGCUCCGGCUCCUCCGCCACGCAACUCUUGGGCAAGAAGAGCCUGCGGGGUGAGGGUCUCCCUCCUCCCCGCCACCUACCUACAGUAUUCUCGCCGGGACAAAGCCAUGAAGCAGGCGCUGCUGGAAGUAAUGAGGAUCAACCGGAUUUGUCGGAUGGUUUUGGUCACUUGCUUGGGAUCCUUCGCCCUCGUCAUCUUCUAUUUCCAAAUAAUACGUAGGAAUAGCUUUGGGAUGGACAUCUGCUGCCGAAAAGGAUCAAGAAGCCCAUUACAAGAACUCUACAACCCAACCCAGUUGGAAUUAUCCAGCACAGCAAUCCUUCAUCAAAUCCGGAGGGAUCAAGUGACAGAUACAUGUCGAGCCAACAGCAUGUCCAGCAAGAAGCGCCGUGUGCUGACACCUAACGAUCUCAAACAUUUAGUGGUUGAUGAGGCUCAUGAACUGAUUUAUUGCUAUGUCCCCAAAGUGGCCUGUACCAACUGGAAAAGAGUCAUGAUGGUGUUGACUGGGAAAGGAAAAUACACCGAUCCAAUGGAGAUACCAGCAAAUGAAGCCCAUAUCUCAUCCAACUUGAAAACACUCAACCAGUACAGCAUCCCAGAGAUCAACCAUCGCUUGAAAAACUACAUGAAGUUCUUGUUUGUCCGUGAGCCUUUUGAGAGACUGGUGUCAGCCUACAGAAACAAGUUCACCCAAAAAUAUAACACCUCCUUUCACAAGAGAUAUGGUACCAAAAUUGUGAAGCGCCAAAGGAAAAAUGCGACACAGGAGGCUCUGCAGAAAGGUGAUGAUGUAAAAUUUGAAGAGUUUGUGGCUUAUCUCAUAGACCCACAAACUCAAAGAGAAGAGCCAUUCAAUGAACACUGGCAAACUGUCUUUUCUCUGUGCCAUCCUUGUCACAUCCAUUAUGACCUCAUAGGGAAGUACGAGACUCUUGAGGAGGAUUCCAACUACGUUCUUCAACUAGCAGGAGUAGGAAACUAUCUCAAGUUCCCCACUUAUGCAAAGUCUACAAGAACUACUGAUGAAAUGACUGCAGAGUUCUUUCAGAACAUCAGUUCAGAGCACCAAACACAGCUCUAUGAAGUCUACAAACUUGAUUUUUUAAUGUUCAAUUACUCAGUGCCAAGCUACCUGAAACUGGAAUGAAAUGUGGAUACCGAGAGAAAGAAAAAAAGAAAGAAAGCUGUUUAAUUUAAGAUUUUUAUUUGUCAUAAUUAUGUAUGAAGAAUUGGUUAUUUUGUAAGUUAAUAUUUUUUCUCUCUUUUUUUUUUUUAGUAAUGCUGCGAGCAGCAUAGUUGGAAAUUUAUUAUUUAAAUGGUUGGUAAGAAAGGACAGCCUUGUUUUCAGGGUAAGAAAAUUGCAGUGACAAUAGCUCUAGAUGUGAUAAGUAAGUGCUACACUGUUUUGGGGUGGAAAUGUUCCUUUUGCCCUGAUUUAUUUUUUUAAUUC